CCUACAGAAUAUCAUCAAAUCCAGUAUCGGCGGCUAUAAGAUACCGCUGAAUACAAACUAAUCUUUAUUUAGCCUAGCGCUAACUGAUGUCCCUAGCGCCGUCUCCCUUGCGAUUCUAAACUUUCUUAUCUCUAAAAGUUAGUACAAGUAUUCCCAACACCAAAGCGGAUCUAAACCAACUCCUUCUACGUUUCUUGAAUAGGCUAGUCUUAGGAUACUGCGUUUCCCGAAUUGACAAAAAUGGUAAUAGUUGCCGCUACCAUGUUUCAUCCCAAACUCUAGCGCAUUCAUUACCUACCACCCCCCGUCUGGCGCUGCAUCUCUGACUCUUCCACUCGUCUUCUGUCCACCAACCACAGCGGUAAUAUAAACCCACCUGCUACCCCUCCUCCGUCCAGUCGAUAUGGCUCUGCGUCAAGCAAAGCGGCCUCAUGGGAAACGGCCUCAAGGUAUCAAGAAAGAACGACCACAGUUAUCUUCUCGUAAGAGCGCACGCCUAGAAAAGAUACAGCGGCCCCAAGAACGAAUUGUAUCUAAAGACAGGAAUAUCGAACCAAAAUCCUUACUUCCCUCCCCAACCAGCAACACUUUUAAUAAAGAGUUUCCACAAACUAAGAAUCGAAAACGAAAACGAUCGCAAGAAGACAAAGCCGCCCUCCCUUCUACUAUCACUCCUUUUCAAAAACGAUUGCAAACAUCCCCACUACAAUCUCCUAACCAGGAAACAAUUAGCAAAAACACAGCAAUUGAUAUUAAUAGCAAGGAGAUAAACCCACUUGAAUACUGGAGGAAGGAACUCCGUUGGCCCAAGGAAUACUUUGAACCGGAGAGCAACAUGAAUCAUUUGCUUGCGAGGAAGAAAUCUUCGUCAUCUUUUCGUGGCAAACAAUCGGAAGCUGGCUCUACCGCACCUAGCUCUACCACACCUAGCGAUCAAAAGCCGAGGGAAGCAAAAAGUUCACCUUAUGCGCGUCCGAGCUAUGAGAUGGUCCUUGCAACAAAGGGUAGCUUUAUGGGUAAAUUCGAAUUGGGUAUCACAGAUGAAAGCAAAAGACUCUGUCGAACUUUACUUGAGGCCGAACAAUCAGUCCCUCAAGAAACCCUAUUUCGUGACGAUCUGUUUGAGGAAACUUGCGAGACUGUACAAGCAAGAAAUGAAGCUAUGGUUGUUCGAGACAUUUCCCCAUUGAUAUGUCCGUCCGCUCAAGUCUUAAGGAUAUAUGGUGCCAAACAUCUCAAGCCUUUGAAUGAAAGUGUCAAUGAAGGCUGGAAUAGCGCUAUAUCUUUCUACAGUUCUCGCCCACAGCCUGAUUAUUCUGUGGGAUUCGGACGAUCUGCGUUCACAAACGAUCAACUUGAAAAACUUAAGCCUUUUGUCGGCGAGAUUACAGAUAUUUUUACCUCCUAUUUCAUGGCUACUUGGCAGAUGUAUUUCCCGUUUCUUACAUGCGAGGUCAAGUGUGGUGCCACAGCACUUGAUAUUGCCGAUCGACAGAAUGCUCAUAGUAUGACACUUGCAGUGAGAGGUAUAGUUGAACUUUUCAGGCUUGUGAAACGCGAAAAGGAGCUUCAUCGGGAGAUACUCGCCUUCUCAAUCUCGCACGAUCAUCGCACAGUGAGAAUCUACGGUCAUUAUGCUGUGAUUGAUGAGGGGAAAACCACUUUCUAUCGUUAUCCGAUUCAUACAUUCGACUUUACGGCAUUAGAUGGCAAAGAGAAAUGGACAGCAUAUAAAUUUACCAAGAAUGUUUACGAUAUAUGGAUGCCGACUCACUUGAAGAGAAUCUGUUCAGUUAUCGAUGACUUACCACCCGAUCUGGAUUUUGAGGUCUCACAGCAAUCCGAGUUAGGGGAAUCUGGACUUUCACAAGGGUUCGAAAGCCACUAUCUCUCUAACCAAACAAGGGAAGCUGGUAGUCAAUCAAGCCCUAUUAGUUCACAAGAUAUUCCCUCCGAUACUUCCCUAUCUCAAAGAACUGAAAGAAGAGAAUUCAAAAAACCGAAAAAAAGGGCUCGAUCUUGAGGCGUAUUGUUUGCUAUGAGCGGUUUUUGGGGAUGCUAUUCGUUUGAAAGUUUGCUUGUCAUAUAGUUACUCCUAUGCUGCUAUCAAUUACACUGCAGGCCUGGUUAUCAGUAUUGAGAGGUGAUUUUUUGGGGGUACAAAGGGUCUAGGGAAAAACUGUACGAUACAAUGAUACCAAGGAUAUCCAUAAUGAAAAUGCGACUUAUUGUAUAGUC